UCCUCUCGUAUUGGGCUUUGAUUAAAUCUAGCCUUAUAAAAAUAAUGGCCCAAAUUAUUGUAAAAGGCUUUAGUGAUAAAAAGCAAAUAUCUUUUCUUACUCGUCGACGGAUAACAAACUCGCUGGUAAGAUUUGGGAGAGAGCAAACGAGAAGCGACGGUGGUCUGUGAUCAUUACCGGCGGGAGGAAUUUUUCGAGGAUGAUCGGGCGACGUGCUGGAACGAAUCGAGUAGGUAUGAGGAGAGAUGACUCUCUUCUGACCCGGUUUGUUGACUCAGUAUUCUAUUUCUUCCGAUUGGCUGAGUUUGAGAUCUUGUUUGUGCUCUUCAUACUUAUAACCUACAUCAUCUUCAAAGAUCUGACGUCGAGGCCGGAGUAUAAUCGGAUUCUUGUGGAGAAACCCGGUCGAUCUGACAUCUGGCCGUUCUAAAAGAAUUUGUUUUGAAUGAUUUGGGUGAAGCUCAUGUUUCUGUAGGACGUGUGUGCUUGUAUACGGCAAUGAACGCUUAUCUUUCUUUUCUUGUACAUGUCAGUUUACUCAAUAGGUCAAUGUAAUUCUCCUUCGUUUGUCUUUUGAGUAAUAAAGCGUUCGUGUUCGAAUGCUUCAGUUCA